AUGGCCGUUGUCAAAAAGUCUAAUGGCAAGCUAAGAAUCUGUAUCGAUCCCCAACCACUGAAUGAAGCCCUUAUGAGGGAACAUUAUAAACUCCCAACACUAGAUGAUAUUUUGCCUAUGCUAAACAGGGCAAAGGUGUUUAGUAAACUUGACGUGAAAAACGCAUUCUGGCACGUGAGGUUAGAUCAUGAAUCAAGUCUCCUUACUACGAUGAUCACUUCGUUUGGUCGUUAUCGCUGGCUUCGUUUGCCAUUCGGUCUUAAAGUCAGUAGUGAAAUAUUUCAGCGUAAGCUAGCAGAAGCGCUGAGUGGUUUGGAUGGUGUUUUCACAAUUGCGGACGAUAUCACCGUAGCGGGUUGUGGAGCAUCAAGAGAUGAAGCUCUUAAGGACAACGAUCGGAAACUGCAGAGACUCUAUGCACGCUGUGAUGAGCGACACAUUGUGCUAAACAAUGAUAAGAAGGAAGUUGGUAAAACUGAGAUCCAAUUUCAUGGACAUCGCUUCACUGACGAAGGUGUAAAACCUGAUAAACAGAAAAUAGAGGCAAUAACGCAAAUGCCUGCCCCUACUGAUAUCGCUGGCGUGAAACGGUUGUGCGGCAUGAUACAGUACAUGUCUCGUUUCUUACCAAAUCUCGCCAAUGAUUUGGGACCAAUUCGUGCACUUACUGGAAAGGAAGCCGAAUGGAGUUGGUCUACUGCCUGUGAACAAGCGUUUCAAACUGUCAACAAAAAGCUAACCGAGGCUCCUGUGCUAGCCUAUUUUGACUCGAGUAAAGAAAUAAAACUUCAAACUGAUAGCAGUAAGGAUAGGAUGGGUGCAGUUUUGAUGCAAGAGGGACGCCCAGUAGAAUAUGCAUCACGUUCCCUCUCUAAUGCGCAGCGAUCUUGGGCUCAAAUUGAAAAGGAACUGUUGUCGGUAUGUUUUGGUUUAGAGCGCUUCGACCAGUACACAUAUGGGACAAAAGUAAUUGUGGAAAAUGACCACAAGCCUUUAGCGUCAAUCCUGAGGAAACCACUGAGCCAAGCGCCAAAACGGCUCCAGUCAUUACUUAUGCGCCUGCAUCGCUAUGACGUUGACUUUCAAUUUCUGAAGGGAUCUGAACUCGUCAUAGCAGAUACCCUUAGUCGAGCAUUUCUUGAAACCCUGGAUGAGAGACCAAGAGUCAUGAACAUUGACUUCUUUCCGAACAUUUCAGAUGCCAGACUAGAAGAAGUUCGUGACGUCACCGUACGUGAUCCUACUACGAAAACUCUCAUGUGUCUCAUUCGGAAUGGCUGGCCAGACACUAAACAAGACACUCCGAUAGAGGCUAAGCCAUAUUUUGACUUUAGAGACUCUCUUAGCUGUGAAAGUGGAAUCAUACUCAAGGGAGAAGCUAUCCUUAUCCCCUGUGACCUACGUGGCGAUAUAAAGCAGCGUUUGCAUUCCGCUCACCUGGGACUGAACAGUAUGCUCCGACGCGCUCGAGGUCUCGUGUUUUGGCCAGGACUUGCGCAAGAUGUUAAGCAAAUGGUUGGUACAUGUGAGCCGUGCCAAGAGCUUAGGGCCCGUAGCCCUAAGGAACCACUGAUCCCUCAUGAUGAUGGUCAAAGUCCUUGGGACAAAGUGGGAGCAGACAUUUUUGAGAUUUCUGGUCGCCAGUACUUAGUUACUGUGGAUUUCUUCUCCAACUUCAUCGAGGUUGACUUCUUGCCAACAAUCACUAGCUCUCAAGUGAUAAAUGUGCUUAAGAAACACUUUGCUAGAUAUGGCAUCCCGCGUAUAUUCCAAAGUGACACCGGAUCUCAACUGACAUCUAGUGAAUUCGAAAAUUCAUGA